UAAGUGUGUAUAUUGUUUGUUUGUUUUUUCACAUUUCAGGCAGGAGGAAAUCUGUGGCUCCCAUGGAGUUGAACAAAGGCAAUAAAAGGCUCUCUUGUGUUAUAAAGCCCCCAGAUAUGCAAACCAAGAGGGGAAAGUUUCUGGAAGGUUCCCAGCCCAACCAGAAGUUCUUUGAGAUGAUUCAGGAUUUCAGAGCGACUUUGGAAAUCACACCCUUAUCAACUACUGAAACGAUUGAGCCCCAAAGGAUUUGUGUGUGCGUUCGCAAGCGGCCCUUUAACAAGCAGGAGAUUAAUAAAAAGGAGAUUGAUGUGGUGUCUGUACCUGGGAAAGGUGCGUUAGUGGUCCAUGAGCCAAAACACAAGGUGGACCUCACCAAGUACUUGGACAAUCAAGUCUUCCACUUUGACUACUCCUUUGAUGAGACCGCCACCAAUGAACUUGUCUACAAGUUCACAGCUAAACCUUUAGUCCAGUCCAUUUUUGAAGGUGGUAUGGCAACAUGUUUUGCCUAUGGCCAGACAGGAAGUGGUAAGACUCAUACAAUGGGAGGUGAUUUCACAGGGAAGCAGCAGAACAGUGCUAAAGGCAUCUACGGAUUAGCAGCCCAGGAUGUUUUUGCCUACCUCCACCACAGGAGGUAUGCUAAUUUGGAUCUCGCUGCCUACGUCAGCUUCUUUGAGAUUUACAACGGCAAGGUGUAUGACCUGCUGCAUAAGAAGGCCAAGCUGCGUGCUUUGGAAGAUGAACGACAACAGGUUCAGGUGGUCGGCCUCAAAGAGGUCUAUGUGACCUCAGCAGAGGAGGUCAUCAAGAUGAUACAGAUUGGCAGUUCAUGCAGUAGUUUAGUAUUGUUACGAACUUGUACAGAUGUCAGCAGCAAUGACCGGAGUACUUUAGUUGAAACUGCCGAGAUCAACCGCAGCCUUCUGGCUCUCAAGGAGUGUAUCCGUUCACUGGGAAAGAACAGUGAUCACAUUCCUUUCCGAAUGAGCACUUUGACCAAAGUCCUCAGGGAUUCUUUCAUUGGAGAGAAGUCCAGGACCUGCAUGAUUGCUAUGGUGUCUCCAGGUAUGACCUCAUGUGAAUAUACAAUGAACACAUUGCGCUAUGCUGACAGAGUUUCCGGUGACGUCACCAUCCUGAAUGGCAGCCUAAAGUAAUAGCUCCCUCGCGAAAAUAGUUAUUUCGUCCCUUCAGACCAUCAAAUACUAGACCUACAAAUAAUACUUGAACAGAUGAGAGGGGCAAGAAUGGGGAAGACGCGUGCAAACAAAGAAACCACCGCCGCAGAAACUGCAGAUGCAGAAAAUUCGAGGAGCAGCUCUCUUACGAAGGGACAAGAAGGCGAAGCUAAUGCUAACCCAGCUCUCUCAAGUGCCGACGUAAGUUUGACAAAAAUCUUGGA